AUGAUAAGAAAUCCAUUGGAAUGGUCCGUUAGCGAUGUUGUCCAUUGACUUCAAGUAAUAAAUUGCUCUGGAGCUCAAGAAGUUUUUAUGUAUCAUGGAGUUGAAGGUAAAGAUUUAUUGCAGCUCACAGACUCAGAUUUACGCUUUGAUUUUAAGUUUAAACGAAUUCAUGAUCGCAAAUAUAUUUUAAGAAAAAUCCAGGAAUUAAAAAAUAUAAAUUCUGCAGUGAUUGAAGUACAAUUUCGGGACCAAACCUGCUCAGUUCGAAUUUCUGAUCUUCAGUCUUAUACAUUUGAAAAUCUUAGAAAAGAUGCUGCAAGAUAUUUUGGAAUAGAUGAAGAAAAAGCUAUUAUUCAAGAUAGGCAUGGAUUAGUAUGGGGAAGUAUAAGCGUUGCUUGUAUUUUUGAUAGCAAUUUAAGGCAAGAAGAAGCCUUAUAUUUGCAAUUAAUUGAAGAGGCAAAUAAUAGGCAAAGCUCUCCUGAAAAUCAGGCAGCACUCAGUCAAAACGAAGAAGAUUUCAAUGAAGAUAAUCCUUUUCAUGAGACUUCAAAAUCAAUAGAAGAAUCCAGCCCUUGGGCUGUUAAAGAAGAAAUGGCCUCAAGAGAAGAAAGCCAAGAGCAAAGGAAAAGGAGAAAUAAAAGAUCCCAAAAUCCAAGCUCUGGUGGAUCAGCAAAUAAAACAGGAAAAAACUCAUCAUUAAUUAAUCCGAAAAAUGCUGCUAGCAAUUCAGGAUCAGAAAGAAGUGGAAGAUCCAAUAGAUUAAAUGAAGAUGAGGAAGAACUAAGAAGUGUGUUGAAAAUUAUAAAAAAAAGCUAA